AACAGAACGCCGCGGGUAAAUCAAGAUUAUUUAUAGGGUGUUAAUAGAAAUUCGCCAAAUAGAAUCAUGUGCCUCAUCCUCCCACUCGACUGCUGCGGUUGCUCUUCCCCGAGGUCCUGCCAGAGGCAAAAAAAAGAGCAGCAGGAGCAGCACUUGCAACACCAGGCGAAGAACUACCACUCGGAUAUCCAGCUGAACGAGCUAUCCUCAGCCUGCCAGGUGACCACCAGCCAGCCAUCGUUGUCCAGUCUGAGUCCCAGUUUAAUGGCCCUGCCCCACAGGAUCACCACGUCGAGCACAUUGAGCUCCUGGGCCGGCGAGGAGGAGCUUUACGAUAUGGAAGACUACGAGGAUCGCACGCCCAGCCGGUGGAACGCCUGGUGGCUCACCUCCUUUGGCGAUCAGGGCUGUCACUCAUCCGUGGCAUCCUAACUUUGAACUCCGAGGGAGCAAGAGUCCUAACUUCGAGUCAAAAAAAAUUAAAAUCUGGGUUCGUCCUGCUUAAUUAAGAUUUUAUUAUUCAAUU